AGUAGGCCUCUUUCAUAUAUAUUAAUAAUUGAAAUAGUAACUUGCAUAGUACUUUGCAUUAUUAAUUUCAAUUAGCCACCUCACAUAGUGCACCCUCAUAAUUUAGCCUAUAGUGUACCUCUUGUAUUUUUUCCUUUCUUUUACUUGUACAAUAAUAUAAAUUAUAUGUUAUAUUACACAUGCCUCAAACAAUUUUUCAUUCACUCAUUUAUCAAUUUGGACGUGAAUAUAUGAAUAUUCCAAAUUUUCCAACAGAAUAAAUGAGAACAUAAAAGAUUGAGCACUUGAAAGCUUGUAAUAAAUUCUCUUGGAAUGCUUGAAUGAACCUCCAUCCCUCUAUUUAUGGAGUUUCACAAGAGCUUUCAAAAAACUAGUUGUUACUGUAGCAAACAGUCGGAUUUAUUAUAGCAACCGUCGGAUUAUUGUAGUAAUGGUAAAAAUACUUUUAGAUAAUUUUUUUUCACAUUUUAACCAAAUAAAACAUAAUAUUCCAAAUGCCAUAAAAAAUUUAUUACAAGAUUUUUGGCAUUAGAUUGCAUGAUGAAAUUGAUUUUCAUUUUGGAGCUUAAUAGAAUAUAUAAAAGUAAUUAGGAGCAUCAAGUUAAGAAUCAUUAAAAAAAUUAAUUUUAUCAUCAAAACUAUAUCAAAGGAAAAACAUCAAACUUGCUAUUGGAGUCUGAUUUCUCCUGUCGCUUGCAUUCUUCUUUUUGCAUUGAACCAUAAUUCGCUUUGCGAUGCUUGCUCGUAUUGCUUUGACUAGUUUCUUGCUCCUCUUUAUGUAUUCGUUCCCAUCACUAGUGUCAACUAGUCUCAACAGAAGUUGAACUUGGUGUCGAAUGGCGUGAACUCUUUUUGGGAUUUUAGGUUUCAACCAUUAGGUCGAUUACGUGAAAGCCUUUGUUUCCCCUAGACAACACCUAUUAAUGAUGCGCAAAUUUAAUCAGCAACAUAUUUACAAGAAAGAAACAUACUAGAUGGCAAGAAACUUCAAUCUAGGUUCACAGGUGCUGGUAAAUUGCAAAAAGAAAGCGGUGAGACUAUCCUUGGGUUGGCCGAGAAAGCCACUCCAAUUCUUAAGUCAGGCAUGGAGUAAUAGAGAGGAGGCCAAGGAGCUAGGGGUAGUUUAGAAUUGAUACUGAGAAUGAAUGUCUACUAUAAAGGAAAGAUCCUUCUUAAUAACUACACAGAGACAGUCCUGUUACUGAUAAUGUGCAGUAGUUACAAUGGACUUAAAGAAUGGAAGAGUCUUACUUUAAUUACUUGAUUCAUUCACCUAGUUUCGUGUUCAUUCAUUAUCUAAGUUCAUGUAUUUGAUGAGUUAAUGAUAGGUAUGUCAAGAGUUGUUGUGUAACACUAUAAAUUCAGAUUGUAACAACUCAAUAAGGGGGGAAUACAAAAAUAUGGAUUGAAGUUUCAUAAACAUUUCUCUCCCCGUGAAUCUGCUGCUAGUUUCCCAAGUUCUAGUUCAUCUAACAUAAUUGGUAUCAGAGCUGGAAGAAGAAGAGAGCUGUUGCGCCAGUAAAAUAAUGUUGACCAAGAAUAUUUCCAAUUAUAACUCAACCCAAGUUCCAGUAUUUGGCAGAGAAAACUAUGAUUUUUGGUGCGUAAAGAUGAAGACCUUGAUCAACUCACUUGGAGCCUGGGAAAUCGUGGAGUCUGGAGUUGAAAUUCCAUCAGAUGAUGAAAGCAUACCAUUAGCCCAGAUGAAGGAAUUGAAAGAGAAAAAGAGUAUUGAAGCAGCAGUGCUUGCCAUGAUUCAAAGGGGAGUUACUGAUGUGAUUUUUCCCAGAAUCAUGAGAGCAACAAGUGCAAAAGAAGCCUGGGAAAUUCUGUAGCAAGAAUUUCAAGGAGAUGAAAAGGUAAGGGUUAUUAAACUUCAAACCUUAAGAAGAGAAUUCGAGAAUAUGAAAAUGAAAGAAAAUGAGAAAGUAGAGGAGUAUUUUACAAGAUUUAUUGAAAUUGUGAAUCAAAUGAAGAGUUAUGAUGAAGUGAUGGAAGAUAAGAAAAUGGUAGAAAAAGUGUUGACCAGCUUGCCAGAAAAAUUUGAUCCCAUAAUUGUUGUGAUAGAAGAAACUAAAGACCUCUCCACCUUGAGUAUUCAAACCUUGAUGGGGUCGUUGAAAACUUAUGAGCAAAGAUUGGCACAUCACUCUAAAAAACCAAUUGAAAGUGUGUUUCAAUCUCAAUUCACUUUUCAAGACCAAAAACAGCCUGAAGAUUCAACAAGAGGAAAAGGAAGAGGAAGAGGAAGAGGAAGGGCAAGAGGUAGAGGCAGAAACUCAAGAGGAAGAGGUAGAGGAUUUUUUGACAGUAAAUCAACUGCAGAAAGUUCAGCACCAAAGUGUCAUGUUUGUGACAAACUUGGCCAUUUUGCAAAAGAAUUCUGGUUUAAGGACAAGCCACGUUGUUAUAAUUGCAAUAAAUUUGGCCAUUUGAGGAAGGAUUGCAGGAUGAAGAAUGAGUAGCAAGCAAAUGUAGUGGAGCAGAAAGCAGGUGAAGAAAGCUUGUUUUAUGCAUGUCAAAGUGCUCUAGAGCCUGCACAAAAUCAGUGGCUCAUUGACAGUGCAUGUAGCAAUCAUAUUACAGCGGAUAAAGGCAUUUUUCAGGAUUUGGAUCUGAGUUUUCAAUCCAAAGUAAAGAUAGGAAAUGGAAAUCUCAUUGAAGUGAAUGGAAAAGGAAGUGUUGGAGUACAAACAAAGCAAGGAAUCAAGCUUAUUCAUGAAAUACUCUAUUGGCCAGAGGUGGAUCAGAACCUGCUCAGCGUUGGACAACUUAUGGAGCAUGGAUAUGUUUUGCAUUUUGAAGAUAAUUAUUGCACCAUUUAUGACAAAAAGAAGACGACUCAAAUUCUGGCAAAACUGAAGAUGGUGAGUAGAUGCUUUCCACUUGAUAUAAAGUGUGCAGAGAAUGUUGUUUUGAUAAUAAAGAAAGCUGAUUUGUCUUGGCUUUGGUACAAAUGCCUUGGUCACUUGAAUUUUGGAGCAAUUAAAUUGCUGCAUCAGAAGAGAAUGGUUCAAGGGCUUCCAAUUAUUCAUGAAAAACAAGAAGUUUGUGAAGGAUGUGUACUUGGAAAAUAUCAUCGUCAACCCUUUUCAAAAGGAGGAGGAUGGAGAGCUAAGGAGAAUCUGGAAUUGGUGCAUACUGAUGUUUGUGGUCCAAUGACUACAACAUCUUAUUCUGGAAAUAGAUGAAGGGGUGGCAAGACAACUUACAGUUGGCUAUACUCUACAACAAAAUAGAGUUUCUGAGAGAAAAAAUCAAACCGUAAUGGAGAUGGCUAAAUCCAUGUUAUUUGAGAAAAAGCUACCAAAAGAAUUUUGGGCAGAAGCUGUAAAUAUAGCUGUGUAUUUGAUCGAUAGAUCUCCUAUCAAGGCAGUCUGGAACCAAACCCCAUUUGAAGCUUGGAGUAAGAGGAAGCCAUCCAUGAAUCAUCUACGGGUGUUUGGCUGUGUUGCUUAUGCUCAAAUUCCAAAAGAGAAGAGACAAAAACUUGAUGAGACCAGCGAAAAGUGUAUAUUUGUGGGUUACAGUUCAAUGUCUAAAGGCUAUAGGCUGUAUAGCUUGAAGUCUAACAAGAUGAUUAUCAGCAAAGAUGUCAUAUUUGCUAAAAAUGUCGUCUGGAAUUGGGAGCAAAAUCAGAUUGAAGGAGACUCUAAUCCUAAAGAUUUUGUGCAACAAAACUCAGAUAAUGACAAUGCAAAUGAAAAGGAACCUGCAUCACCAUCUAACUCUUCAACUCCGAGAAAGGUGAGAUCUUUGUCUCAAAUUUAUGCAAGAUGUAAAGAAAACUAUGAAGAAGCAGUGAAAGAAGAGUCUUGGAGAAGGGCAAUGCAAGAAGAAAUUGAUGCAAUUGAGAAGAAUGAGACAUGGCAGCUGGUUGAUAGACCAGAAGAUAGAGAUAUCAUUGGUGUGAAGUGGAUUUACAAGGUGAAACAUAACUCAGAUGGCUCGGUGCAAAGGAGCAAAGCUAGAUUGGUUGCAAAAGGCUAUUCUCAACAACCCGGUAUUGAUUAUGAUGAGACAUUUGCUCCAGUGGCACGGUUGGAUACAAUUAGAACUCUUAUUGCAUCACUUUCUUGGCAUAGAAAUUUAUCAAGAUGAUGGGGGAGUUUUUAUUUGUCAAAAGAAUUAUGCCAAGAAAAUUCUAACAAAAUUUGGAAUGGCUGAUUGCAAUUCUGUUGCUACUCCACUUAUUGUAAAUGAAAAAUUGAUGAAAGAAGAUGGAGGUAAGAAGGUGGAUGCUACCCAUUAUAGAAGUUUGGUGGGAAAUCUACUUUAUCUCACUGCUACAAGGCCUGAUCUCAUGUUUGCUGCAAGUCUACUUUCCAGAUUUAUGAAUAGUCCAAGUCAUUUUCAUCUUGGUGCAACCAAAAGAGUGAUGAGGUACAUUCAAGGCACUGCAGAUUAUGGCAUCAGAUUUGAGAGGCAAAAUAAAGUAAUGCUAGUGGGGUAUUGUGACAGUGAUUGGGCAGGUUGUACAGAUGAUAUGAAAAGUACUUCAGGAUACGUUUUUAGUUUUGGUUCAGGGGUGUUUUCUUGGUUGUCAAAGAAGCAAGAAUCAGUUGCUCAAUCUUCUGCUGAAGCAGAGAAUAUUGCAGCAAGCUUGACAACUAAACAAGCUAUUUGGCUACAACACAUUUUAGAAGAUGUCGGUGAAAAACAAAAGGGAGCUAUUGAACUCUAUUGUGACAACAAAUCAGCAAUUGCUAUUGCAAAGAAUCCUGUUUACCACAGCCGCACCAAGCAUAUUGUAGUUAAAUAUCAUUUUAUUCAUGAAGCUAUUGAAGAUGGAGUUGUGGAGCUGAAGUAUUGCAGGAUAAAAGAACAAGUGACAGAUAUUUUCGCAAAAGCAUUACCAAGAGCCAAGUUCCAGCAGCUAAGGGAAGCUUUGGGAGUUCAGAAACAGCACAUUAAGGGGGAGAAUGUUACUGAUAAUGUGCAGUAGAUACAAUGGACUUAAAGAAUGGAAGAGUCUCACAUUAAUUACUUGAUUCAUUCACCUAGUUUCAUGUUCAUUCAUUAUCUAAGUUCAUGUAUUUGAUGAGUUAAUGAUAGGUAUGUCAAGAGUUGUUGUGUAAGACUAUAAAUUCAAAUUGUAACAACUCAAUAAGGGGGGAACACAAAGAUAUGGAUUGAAGUUUUAUAAACAUUUGUCUCCCCGUGAAUCUGAUGCUAGUUUCCCAAGUUCUAAUUCAUCUAACAAAUCCUUCACUUAGGAUUAAGUAUCUUUGUUGGACAACAUUUAGGAGUUGUUAUCCUAUAAGAACUUAGAGGGCUUAGGAUUACCCCUGUAGGUUGCCUUCCUAAGAUUUAGGAGAAGAGGGUUAUCCCAAGUUGUUGGGAUUUGGCUGGAUAGCUAGAUUCUUGGUGAGAAUCCUAGUUCAAGUAGGAAUUCCAAUCCUUGAGUAGGGUUGGCUCGCUUGCAAGUCUAUGAAAGCCCCUCUGUUUGGAACAUACAAGGCCCCUGCGAAGUACCAAGACCAAACAAGGCUUAGCUAUUAAGCUGAGGUUGAGGGAGGCUUGGCUAGCGGGUUAAGGUUAAGCGGGGCCUGGCUAAUGGUCUGAGGCAAAGUGAGACCUGGCUAGUGCCUAGUGGCUAGAGUAGUGUCUAUAAAUAGGGAGCCAAGGAUUGCAAGCCUGUCAUCACGCCCUUAUAAUUCUCUUAAGCAAGGAAGUGCGAACCUUGACCAAGGCUAGGCCAACGUUUCCCACUCUUGCACACCAGCUCAAGUGGACUUGGAAGAUUGGAGAAGCACCACAAAGCUAGAGAGGGAAACUCUUUUCUAGAGAGAGAAAGCUUUCAAAGUCUAUUAAAUAAUUGGAGGAUGAAUAUAAAUGAAGGUUUACAACACUUUAUAUAGACUCUAUGAGGUGAAUAAAUGGAAAUGAAAGAUCCUAAAAAUAUCCAGGAAUAUUCUAGACACCUAAAUAGAGACUAGAAUAUAUAAGAGAAUAAUCUAGAAUACUCAAAAACCCUAACAAAUUUUAGAAUACCUUUGAGCCUUUCAAAAUCUUCCAGAACAGUGUAGAUGACUCUAGGUCUUCUUGCCGUGCAAUCAGCCAUGCAACUAGUCUAGUCAUAGCUCCAUGCUUGCCAGACACUUGUUUGACAUUUGCAUGUCACCUGCAUCAUCCUUGGUCUCUCUCAUUUAUUAAGCACACCAUGUCGUGCAUGUGUGACUCCCUACUUGGACUUUGGGGGCCUGCUUGGCCUGACUCGCAUCUUCCAUGCCACUGGGCUUGCUCUUCUGUCAUUUUGCCCAAGUUUGCACGUCAGCUUGUCUUAGUGCAGCCACAUGGCCCAGUGACUUGCGCAUUGUUGCAUGCUUCUUGCCUUUGGUUGCCAACAGGGCCCUGCACGGCCACAGUCCCCAAUAACAGGCCAACUGAGUCAUCAUCCCAAUCUUUAUGUGGCAUUGUGGUCCACUGCACCCCAACCGUGUUGCCAGAUUUGUCUACAUGGGUUUCUUUGCAUCCCAAGUGUGCCACAGCACACCGCACCAUGCCAACUUGCCCCAAGGUGGCACCCAUCAAUUGUGAAGUGGCCCAACCACUAUCCCCAGUGCCCAAGUAUGCUCGGCUCAGUCAUGAUCACCCUUGUUCACUCCAGGCUUGCCUCCCACACCUGCUUGGUCUUCACGUACAUAGGCAUGUCCAACACACGGGCCUCGUCCCUUCACAUAGUCGUCUUCUCCUUAGCUUGGCCUGACAUAUGGGCCACCUCCCUGGUUGGCUUGGCACAUGAGCUGUCUCCUAAUUUAGCUUGACUUCUCCCCAUAUCUUCAACCAUGUCAAAUACAUGAACCAGCACUAAAAAUAUUGAUGGGUGACACUGUGCUUUAUUUUAAAACAUUAAAAUUGGCUGCUGUGUGGUAAGCACCACAACUGCUACCAGCGGUACCCCUGUGCCAAAUCAAUACUGGUUGGUACUGGCUGGUACGGUCUGGUAAUUUAACUGGAAUUGAAAGAAUAUCUAGGGGAAAUCAAUCAUUCGCCCGUAAAUUAUUCAUUAGUUUUAGGAGGAUAUUUAUACAAAGAGAAACCUAAAAAAUUUCCUAAAAAUACUCCUACUUUACAGCUGUAGAUAACCUUUAUUUAAUUUUACAAAUACACAUUAGAUAUAUCUAUAAAACUGCUGAUAUUAGUUGUUGUUGAUCUCUUUAAAUUCCUUUCCCAUCUAGGACUGCUACCUUAUCUAAACUCCUCCUUCAUCUAGGAGUCCUUCUUCAUCUAAGAGUUUAGUUCGUGACUUAUAUCUUGGUUUCUUCCAACAGGAAUAAAGAUGCUAUAUUUUGUUCCUUAAUUUGGUACAGAACCGGAGUUAAAAUAUUGAUCCCAUGAUGACCAAUUUCUCAUAAAAGGUGGAAGCGCUAAUCGGGAGUUGGCUUUCUCCAAUUACCUGUAUAUCAACAGCAAUAGAUAACAAAGCCAAUUUUUUACAUCUCAUUGGUCAAUUCCUUACUUGAUGCCUUAAUACUUCCCACUUCUCAGUCUGCUCCAUCGAGAACUUCACAGUUUGGGUUUGCAAACUAGAAAACAGCUACUGUUAUCAAUACAGCAUUAAGCCAUAGGAAAAGGGGCUCAAGGUGUUGGGAAACAUUGGAGAGGUAGACAAGCAUUUCAUACGAAAAGUGUCCAGGACACCUUAUCUUUGAAGGUAGACUUUGCCUCUCAGAGAUAGUGUCUCAGCACAAUAGGUUCUGGCGAUGCUUCCCGCAAGCGUGCACCUGGGAUUUCAGGACAACAGAAGAAUAGUUAAACCCGGCAGGGCAGAGGAUAAUGAGAGUCGUGGGGAGAAUUUGGCGCUGGAAGACUCAACAUCUAGUGGAUAGUGGUGGUUCACCCGAUAACAAAUUAUUUAUUUGAAGCAUUCAACAGGUUUUCCUCUGGAUAAGUUCUUUGAGCCUGAUAAAAUGGAUGACUUUCUUUCAAAUUAAAUGGUUUUCUGCUAGGAGGAUAAGCCAACAACUUUGAACAAAAAAAUAAUUUGUUUAGCAGUGUAUAGCAAUUGGACAAGAAUGAUGAUUGGCCAAACGGUAAUUGGUGUUGAAUUUUGACUUAGUAGCUGCUGAUGUGGUUUGAAGAAAUCAAAAUAAAAUAGGAUUAUUCAUAACCAAUAAAUUAGCAAAUAUCUGAUAUUGUUUAUUAAUUGUUUUUAUUGGAUAUUAUGCCAUAUUAUUCUCCACUUUAUGCUCAUUUCAGUUUAUAUUUUAACUGUAUAAAUUGGAGUUUACGAUUGAAUAAAAUAUAUGACUUUUGCUUUGGUAUUUUUUUCAUUCCCUUUUCUUCUUUCUUCAUAAAAUACCAACAAAUGGUAUCAGAGCCCUUUUUCUUGAGGGACUUGUGAGUUGAGAGAAACAAAAAAAAUCAUAUUCACAAACACUCAAACUCAAGCCAACAAUCUGCAAAGAUGGAAGUAGAAUCAAGUCACGGAAUGCCGGCAACACCGAUAAUUGGUGGCGACAACUAUCAAGUAUGGGUUAUUAAAAUGAAAGUCCAUCUCAAGGCACUAGAUCUUUGGGAAGCAGUUGAGGAAGAUUACGUAGUCGCUGAUUUGUCGGCCAAUCCAACUAUGAACCAAAUAAAGAUUCACAAGGAGAGGAAGACAAGGAAGGCUAAAGCCAUGGCCUACUUGUAUGCUGCAGUUUCUCCCAAUAUUUUCACAAAAAUCAUGAACCUGUCUUCAGCAAAAGCCAUUUGGGAUCAUCUCAAAGAAGAAUACCAAGGCAAUGAACGAGUGAAGAAUAUGCAAGUGUUAAACUUGAUCAGAGAGUUUGAAAUGCAAAGAAUGAAGGAGUCAGAAACUAUGAAGGAGUACACUGACAUGUUGCUUAGUCUUGCUAACAAAGUGAGGUUGUUAGGUAAGAAUUUUCCUGAUCAAAGAAUCAUCGAAAAAAUACUUGUUACACUUCCAGAGAGGUAUGAAGUCACUAUCUCUUCUUUAGAAAAUGCAAAAGAUCUGUCAAGCAUUUCCUUGGCAAAGUUACUUAAUGCUUUACAGGCUUAAGAACAAAGAAGGCUUGUGAGAAUAGGAGGAGCCGUUGAAGGAGCUUUCCAGGCACAAACAAGGCCCACCGGUGAAAAAAAGGUUUGGAAUCACAACAAGAAGCUUGCAAAUGCUGGAAACAACAAUAGUGGAAAUUAUCCACCUUGCCCUUGCUGCAAAAAAACCAAUCAUCCACAACACAAGUGUUGGUGGAGGCCCGAUGUAAAGUGCAACAAAUGUGGUCAAUUAGGUCACAUCACAAUUAUGUGCAGAUCACAACAAGAAGAAGGCAAAGCUAGAGCUGCUGCUGACCAACAUGAGGAGGAGGAGUUAUUUUAACUCUACUAAAAAAAAACCAUAUCCAUGCCUAUGCCCAAAAAAAAUGCCUAUGCCCCAAAACCCAUAACCAUACUUAUGCCUCAUAACUAUAAAAUCAUAAAAUCCCCAUAUGCUAUAUCCAAGUCAUGCCAAAAUUAAAAUGCUUUGCAUUUGCAGCCUCAAAGUCAAGGAAGAGUGUUGAAUUUUGACUUAGUAACUGCUGAUGUGGUUUGAAGAAGUCAAAAUAAAAUAAGAUUAUCCAUAACCAAUAAAUUAGCAAAUAUCUAAUAUUGUUUAUUAAUUGUUUUUAUUGAAUAUUAUGCCAUAUUAUUCUCCACUUUAUGCUCAUUUCAAUUUAUAUUUUAACUGUAUAAAUUGGAGUUUACGAUUGAAUAAAAUAUAUGACUUUUGCUUUGGUAUUUUUUUCAUUCCCUUUUCUUCUUUCUUCAUAAAAUACCAACAAUUGGGUUAUUCUAGUUCAACUGAGUAUCAUGGAAUUUUGAAAUAAAUAAAAAUGAAAAAUAUUUUGUCUCUAGAAUAAAUAAAAAUAUCAAACAUGGUUGGACAAAAACCUUCUGAAAUACUCUUUAUUUCACAACACAAGGGGACUGUUCUGAGAGAGGUGCGAUGUAAUGUGUCUGUGUAGCGACUGAAGAUGCAACUUAACUCCGCUAAUAACUGAAAAUACUAUCUCCUAGGCAAUGUAUACCAUAUGCUAUGCACAACAUAUGGCAGUGAUCAGUAAGCUAGAAUGAAUAUAUUCCAUAAUAUUUUGAGCAUUUGUGAUUGAGUUUGCAGUUGGGAGG